AAGCCGCAGAGACGCCCAGGACAUGAGGCUGUCCGCAUCCACCCAUACAUUGGGUUCUGUUAUCCCUUCCUCGACAGUAUAACGCUCUCUGCGCAUCUGCACGUGGCUCCAACUUGUAUCUCCACAACUCUCAACAUGCGUCAUCUCGCCUCCACUCGGAAUUGGUCGUGACAUAGUCCCUUGGUAUACGGCCCUCAUUGACUGGCUAUAUCUCCAAAGGUAUCGCCCUCUGCGGAAAAGAGAAUUUCGAGCAUGCAACGACAGCCUUUCACCUCGCGUUCACUUUCACGGACUCAAAGACCAAUAAUUUACUUUUACUCUUCUUGAUCAAGGCGAUUGCACUGUUCAAUGCAAAUAAACAUAAAGAGGCGAUGUUGCGUGCCGAAGAAUUGGCUGCCCGUCCCAAUGCUGAUGUCAUUGCCUGUCGUGACGUAGGAGCAUAUCUACAUGACCAACUAGGCACCAUUGCCUUGGAGAGGAAGGUUCACACGGAAGCUGUUGACCACUUCACCGCCGCUGUCGACGCUAACGCUGACUUUUCUAAAUUGCCAAUUGAUUCUAUGUACGAGGAUUUCACUGUGCUCUUUGGGUGGGAUCUCAAACUUGGAGAAGCACUCGAAUCGUACCGGAACUUAAUGGACGCGAGUGAUAAAGCCACGAAGGUUAGCUUACGUGCUUGGUUCUCUACUCUGGGGAAAGAACAGUGAAGGACGAUGUAUACUGCUGUGGAGAUAGGGCUACCCCGUGCGCGGCUACAUGAUUGUUUUGAUACUCAAGAGAUCUUUGGUACAGUUACCUCAACGUUCACUGUAUCCCUUUACACUCGUAUCGCAUAUUGGCUCAUAACAUGAAUGCAGACCAGACAUUCUACUAUGUUUUUACACCCAGAGUCCCUCCCCACCGCCGGUCAUGAAAUAUAUUUGCGCCAUACGGCGGACUGUUCGUUCGACGUGUACCUUCUUUGAUUUCUUCAACGUGAAGUCCAGUAUCUGAGCACCUUCGAUCGAGCAAAGUCACUGCAUCCCCUACACCACGCGUCCACUCGAUUAGCGUAAACCCAAAAUUUCAUUCCCAAGCGUGUGUAUGCCACU